UCCUGUUUCCUGUAAAAACGUCGCGGGGUAUCUCGGGGGAUAUUCCCGGGAUAUUCGGAUUUCGCUGAAAGUAGCCGUGAACGCGUUUGCUCUUGAAGAUUUUCGCUCGUUUUUUCAUCGAAGGAAAUUUUCUCGUAGAGUCUGAAAAAAGCGUGGAUUUUUUUUCGAAGUUAAUUAGUCGAAUUUUUCACAUUUACGUUCGCGUGUCGCGGAAGGAGGUCGCAUGACAGACAUGCUGCAGCUGCAGUGCGUCGUCUGCUGCUGUCAUCUGCUUUACUCGCGACUGGUUAGUCGCGUGUAACGGAAAUCUCUUGGGUGAAAAUGGAGAAAAGCUGGAUGGGCUGUUAGCAGAGCUGAAUCGUACUUGCGGACGCGACAUUAGCGGACAAUCACCGCCGUCAUCGUACUUUCACGGCAAACGGUAAUCCGGACGGUAUCACGAUAUGCAAUCUAGUGGAUGGCGAGACCUUGACUUACAGCUUAGCCUUGAUAAGAGGUCGAGCACCCGCGCUAUGCAGCUACAUUACUGUUCGGGGUUACAAAAAUGUGACUUCGGAGUGGCCGAUCGUCGCCGGACAAUUCCGCGUCCUGGUGGAUUUGGCACGUGGUCCAAACAAAUUAGAACUCGAGGCAGGCGGACAUAAAAGAAGAUUGAUGCUUGUAUACGAGCCGAGAACCACCAGGCUACGGGUAACACCGGUCUAUGUAAUUUGUGCAGGUCACGAUGGUUAUUUUCAGGGUCCACGUAACGAGGAUCGAUCACCUGAGAGCGCGGCAACGAGGAUAGGACUUGGUGCCAGGCUUCUUCAGACUUUGACAGCCGAAAAGCUCUUGGAAGCCGGUUACGGUAGAAAAACUUUCCAGCUAGAAAGAGAUUUAGACGGUCCGGAAUGCCUGGUAAUGCAUAGUAUGCUUCACGUGGAUCAGGCACGAGCAAUGAAACAAAGAGAACUUUGGGAGUUAAUCGCACGUGAGUUGAUGACCGGUCCCUUGGCGUCCAAGGAUCGCAAAUAUCUGGCGUUCCUAUCGUGUACGAGAUAUCGUGGCGCACCUAGUCCUCGAACGCACGAGGAUACUUUAGCGAGAACGCAAGGUCAUGCAGCUCUUGGUGGAGGUGGUUUAGCGCUCUUCGGUUCGGCAUGUCUUCAUACUUGGCCUACGCGUAUGGCUCAGAUAUUACCGAGGUUUCUGGACGCCACUAUCAUCGAUACCGAGCAACUCAUGGACGACAGCAAUUAUCGUGGUACGCACGGGGGCUGCUUGGCGACGACAUUAGGUUCCGUUCUACACGAGCUUGGUCACACUUUUGAUCUCGGUCAUACUCGAGAGGGAAUAAUGGGUCGAGGAUUCGACUACGUUGAUAGAGUUUUCGUAGGUGCGGCUGGAAUUGACUUCAAUCGUAAUCCCAUCAGAAGGGAUCCUCAACACACGACUGUCGCUCUUAGUAGACCUCUCAGCGUUACGGUAACCGUGCAAGAAUCUAUAUUAUCAAGUCCGCGAAGAGGUAGAUUGCUUUCCGAGACAUCUAGACCUACGCCGUCGCCUACUUCGAGGCAGUUGUCUGGAAGACUUUCAGCACCGGCUAGUCCCGAGCUUAACAGAUCUCUCUCUAAAAGUUUGAUCACUUCGGAGCCUCUAACACAGCCUGAUCGAACAUUCUGGGGUCCAUCAUGCGCGGCAUUACUUUCGUAUCAUCGCUGGUUUAACAGCGAAAUGGACAAUAUUUCCAAUAGACAUCAUCAUGAAAUAGAAUACGACGGAAAAAGGAACGUAGUGAGAUCACGAUAUGGAAUACGAGUAAUAGAACUUAGAGAGAGUUCGGGAGGGAUGGUUGUGAGUUCUCGUCAAUUUCCUGGCUCGCGACCACCUUUGGAGGCUUUAGUUCCAUCACCUCCACCCUACUGCCUCACCACUCUUACCCUAGUUGCCGAAGAUUCCACCGGGAAUGUGCUCAAACAUCCUCUUCCUACUGCCUUUUAAAGGUCAGCAGAAACAAUGAUGCGUAAUUUUACCUUCUAGUCUCCGGCGAGGAUCAUUACACACAGUCCAUAAGCAAUAUCGGCUUAAUAUAUACUGUAAAUUAUUCAAUGACAUUUUUGUUCCUUCUUUAGUUUAUAUAAAAAUUUAUAUUAGGAGCAUUUUAAUUAAAGAUAUAUAGAAACAAAUCUUUUCUCUGUUCUGAUAUCCCUUACACAUUAAUUAUAUAUAUUUGAUGAUAAAUCUACAUAGACAGAGAAAGAG